AUGAAGAAGAUGGAGAUGCCAGCAGUUGGCAGCCAGGAAAAUGUUUGGGCAAUUUUCUGUUUGUGCUCAACUGUAUUGCACUUUUCUGUUUGUUGGGAUCACGUUUCUCUUUUGUUCCGACUAGUGCUACAAGAAUUGAAUCUCUUCUACAAGCGAGAUAUCAAUGGAGUUGGAGUAUUAUAUGACCUGCUUAGAUCUCACUGGCUGCAGGCUCUCCUAAAGGUUUAUGAAUGCCUCCAUUAUUAUAUCAGAAAGAAACUGGUUCCAGUCAUACCCCAGGCCCGGGUACUGUCUCAUGAGGUUGAGGAGUUGUUGCGUGAAGUUCCUCAGUCCACAGAGAUCCGAGAGCUGAGACGACUUCUACGAACUCCGCAUUUCAAGGCCUUACUGUCAGCUCAUGAUACUGUGGCCCAGAAAGAUUUUGAACCAGUCCUUCCACCUCUGCCAGAUAACAUCCCUGAAAAUGAGGAAGCUAUGAGGAUUGUUUGCUUAGUGAAAAAUAAGCAACCUCUAGGUGCUACCAUUAAACGCCAUGAGGUAACUGGUGAAAUUAUGGUUGCCAGGGUGAUCAAUGGUGGGUUAGCAGACAGAAGUGGGUUGCUGUAUGCAGGGGACAAGUUGGUGGAAGUAAACGGUGUUCCAGUGGAGGGACUAGAGCCAGAACAAGUUAUCCACAUUUUGGCUCUGUCACAUGGGACAAUAAUGUUUAAACUAAUUCCAGUUUCUGAUCGACCAGUCAGCAACCAGACAACACUGUAUGUGCGAGCCAUGGCAGAUUACUGCCCCCUGCAAGACCCUACCAUUCCUUGUGCCGAUGCAGGCUUGCCCUUUAAAAAGGGUGAAAUCCUUCAGAUAGUUGACCAGAAUGAUGUGCUCUGGUGGCAGGCAAAGAAAGCCUUGGAUCUUAACACCUGUGCUGGGCUUAUUCCUUCAAACCAUCUUCUGAAGAGGAAGCAGCGAGAAUUCUGGUGGUCUCAGCCUUUCCAGCCCUAUAUUUGUCUCAGAUCAACAAUACAAAUAAGUUAGGAAACAGAAGAUGACAUGCAAAUUGAUGAGAAGUGUGUAGAAACAGAUGAAGAAAUAUUUGAGUCUGAGGAGCUUAAAGAAGAAGAGGAGGAAUUCAGUGAUUCUGGUCAACAGAUUUUUAUUGCUGGUUUCCGAAGAAGCAUGCGAUUAUGCCGGAGAAAAUCCCAGAACAUCCAACAGUCCUGUUAUGCCCGGUGUCCCAGCAUCUGUUACAGCACAGUAGCAGCCCCUUAUGAAGAAGUGGUGAGAUACCAGCGACAUCCUUCAGAUCGAAACAGACUGAUUGUGCUAGUAGGUCCUUCAGGAGUUGGAAUAAAUGAGCUAAGGCGACGACUUAUUCAGACUAACCCUCGUCGGUUUCAAAGUGCCGUACCACACACUACACGUGCUCAGAAGAGUUAUGAAGUAAAUGGUCGUGAGUAUCACUAUGUAUCAAAGGAAACAUUUGAAAAUUUGGUCUAUACUCACAGAAUGUUGCAGUAUGGGGAAUACAAAGGAAAUCUAUAUGGCACCAGUGUUGAUGCUGUGCGAACAGUCCUGGAUGAAGGGAAGGUCUGCAUAGUUGAUUUAGAACCUCAGGGAAUACAAGUGGCUCGAACCCAUGAACUAAAACCCUACAUUAUCUUCAUCAAGCCACCUAGCAUGAGCUGCAUGAGACAGUCUCGGGAAAAUGCCAGGAUCAUUACAGACUACUAUGUGAACAUAAGAUUCAAGGAGGAGGAUUUAGAGGAGAUGGAAGAUUCGGCUAAGAAAAUGGAAGCUCAGUUUGGCCAGUUUUUUGAUCAAGUGGUUGUGAAUGACAGCUUACAAGAGGCCUGUGUACAGUUGCUGUCUGCAGUCUGUCGUGCACAAGAUGAGCCCCAAUGGGUCCCUGCAACAUGGAUAUGCUCAGACUUUCAAACAUAAUUCUGAGAAGCGGCAUCUUCACAGAUUACAGCUUAUAUUUUACCUCAAAAAUGAUCCCAAGGUCAAGAUUCCAAGAAUAUAUCUUUGUAUGUGGGGAUUUGAAUGAGGAUUAGGGAGAAAAAAAACUAUUACAAAUGUAAUCAUG